AAACCUGACCUACCUACCCUGAGUCCCCCUCAGUCCUCCAACUCGUCUCCACCCUCUUUUUCUUUUACACCCCCUCACCUCCCAACACACUUAUUACACACUUACACAGUCACACCAACACACACACGCGCGCACACACACACCAGCUCUCCAGGGGAAGCGCGCGGUGCCAGAGCAGGCGGAGUCGGAAACGCGCAGCAGCGUCGGUCCGUCGAGUCUGCGGCUCCGCGGAUUCCUUCGUCUGUGUCUAGACUGUUGGAUCCAGGUCCAGGAGCAGUUUCUCCUUCCAGUCCGCAGGCAAGCGUCCGAUCUUCGGCCUUUAAGGACGCAGGGACUGUGCAGGCAGCGCGGUGGGGACAGACCCGGCUCGGCUCUCUUCUUCCUCUACCAGCUGAAAGCCCCGGACGGAGGCCCGCACUGAGCGCGCAGCCUCCCGCAGGCCUCCGGCCCGGAUUCCCGCUUUUCAACCGGAAAAUGGACGGAUUCACCGGCAGCCUAGAUGACAGCAUGUCUGGAGCGAGUGUCUCUGAUGUCAACGACCGUCUCUCUGCUCUGGAGCUUCGGGUCCAGCAGCAGGAAGAUGAGUUGACUGUGAUGAAAGCUGCUCUCGCUGACGUCCUUCGCCGCCUCGCCGCCUCUGAAGUCUCCGCUUCCUCUUCAACCAAGAAACAGCAUGGAGGGAAAGGAGGAGCACCAAUGCGGGAAGCCUACUCCAUGUCCUGUAUCGCUAACGGAGGAAACUCUGGAAGAAAGAGAGAGUCCACCUCCGUCACGAGGAAGGAGACUCUGUCAUCUGCCGCUAAGAGUGGAACGGACAAGAAGAAGGACAGCAGCAGCCAGCGGUCUCAGAUGGACGAGAUCCAGGAACGUGAGGAGACUCCUCGCCUAAAGAACUCAUCCCCCUCUCCCUCUCCCCCGUCCCCCCACCCUCCCCAGACCCCCCAGACCCCCGUGAAUCCCCAACCGCAGAGAACGGCCCAGUGUGCUGACACCAGUAAAGGCCACACCCCUCCCAAAAGGGGACCAAGUGUGAAGAGGUCCACAGGCAUGGAGCGCUCUCAAAGCAGCACCUGGGACUCUUCAGAGGAAACUAGGAACAAACUGGUGAAAGCUGCGUCCACUUCCAAACUGCUUUCUAAAGUGGCGAAGAACGCAGAGAGACACAAAGACCUGGUAGUAAGUCAAGCUAAAAUGUCAACCCGAGAGAAAAACAGCCUAGCUGAGGGAAACCUAAAGAUGUUCAUGCGUGGUCGACCGAUCACCAUGUUCAUCCCUUCAGAUGUGGAGAACUACGACGAUGUUCGGACAGAGCUUCCCCCAGAAAGACUCAAGCUGGAAUGGGUUUAUGGUUACCGUGGCAGAGACUGCAGAGCUAACGUCUACCUCCUUCCAACCGGAGAGAUUGUUUACUUCAUUGCCUCCGUCGUCGUUCUGUUUAACUACGAGGAGCGAACUCAGAGACAUUACCUCGGACACACAGACUGCGUCAAGUGUCUCGCCAUCCAUCCUGAUAAGAUCCGGAUCGCUACAGGACAGAUUGCAGGAGUGGAUAAAGAUGGACGGGCGCUGCAGCCCCAUGUUCGUAUCUGGGACAGCGUCAGUCUGUCGACUCUGCAGGUUAUUGGUUUGGGAACAUUCGAGCGAGGGGUCGGCUCUUUGGCUUUCUCUAAAGCUGACUCUGGCCAGCACCUGAGUGUCAUUGAUGACUGUAAUGAUCACAUGUUGACGGUUUGGGAUUGGCAGAAGAAGUCGAAGAUCGCUGAGAUCAAGACCACAAAUGAGGUGGUCCUGGCAGUGGAGUUUCACCCCACCGACGCAAACACCAUUGUCACCUGUGGGAAGUCCCACAUCUUCUUUUGGACCUGGUCUGGGAACUCACUGGCUCGUAAACAGGGGAUCUUUGGGAAAUACGAGAAGCCAAAGUUCAUUCAGUGUCUGGCCUUCUUGAGUACUGGAGACAUCCUGACUGGAGACUCUGGAGGAAUCCUGCUGAUCUGGACCAGGCACUUGGCUGACACUCCUACAGGGAAAGGACCCCGAGCGUUCCAGAUCAGCCGGCAGGUCAAGGCUCACGAGGGCAGCGUGUUCUGCAUGUGUGAGAUGAGGAGCGGCACUCUGCUGACGGGAGGAGGGAAGGACCGGAAAAUCAUCCUGUGGGACCACGAGCUGAGAGCUGACCGUGACAUCGAGAUGCCGGAUCAGUAUGGAACCAUCCGAGCGGUGUCUGAGGGGAAGGGGGACGAGUUUCUGGUCGGGACGUCUCGUAACUUCAUACUGAGGGGGACCUUCAAUGACGGCUUCCUGGUGGAGGUCCAGGGUCACACCGAUGAGCUGUGGGGUUUGGCGUCGCACCCCUCAAGAGAGAUGUUUCUCACGUGCGCCCAGGAUCGGAUGGUGUGCGUCUGGAACUCUGUGGAUCACAGUCUUCUCUGGAACCGCACACUGGAGGAACACGGACACUGUGCAGACUUCCAUCCCAGUGGAGCUGUGGUCGCAAUAGGAACACACUCAGGAAAGUGGUACGUUCUGGAUGCUGAGACCACGGACCUGGUUGCGAUUCACACCGAUGGGAACGAGCAGCUGUCAGUGAUGCGCUUCUCUCUAGAUGGCUCCCUGUUGGCUGUUGGAUCUCAUGAUAACUUCAUCUACCUGUACACCGUCUCAGACCGAGGACGAAAGUACAGCCGAUACGGGAAGUGCACAGGACAUUCCAGCUAUAUCACACACCUGGACUGGUCACCUGACAACAACUUCAUAAUGUCUAACUCUGGGGACUACGAGAUCCUGUACUGGGACGUCCCGAACGGUUGUAAACUGAUCAGAAAUCGCUCCGACUGUAAAGACAUCGACUGGGCGACGUACACCUGCGUGCUGGGGUACCAUGUGUUCGGUGUGUGGCCGGAGGGAUCCGAUGGCACCGACAUCAACGCUCUGAUCAGAUCUCACAACAGGAAAGUAAUCGCCCUUGCUGACGACUUCUGUAAAGUCCACCUGUUUGCCUACCCAUGCUCUACCCCCAAGGCUCCCAGUCAUAAAUACAGCGCCCACAGCAGUCAUGUGACAAACGUCAGCUUCCUGCACAAGGACAGUCACCUGAUCUCCACUGGGGGGAAGGACACCAGCAUCAUGCAGUGGCGUUUGGUGGAGAAAUCUUCCCUUUCUCUCAAUGAUGGUCUCCUCUCUAACUCCGCCCCCCAUCGGGCAGAUCCAGUUUUCACUCAGCCCCCUCCUGCCCCUGCCACACCACCACAGGAACCAGCCAGUCUCCCAACAGCAAAUGGCACCCAAGAACCCUCCUGGGGCACCACGCCCCCCACAGAGCUACCCCCGCCCAUUUCAGAGUUAACCCCGCCCCACUCCGAGUCGACCCCUCCCCCCUCAGACAGCACAGUGAGUCUGAAGGACAGCUUGGAGCCGAGCGACGACACGGCUACGCCCAGCGACGAAGGCCUGCCCCCCCUCACCCCCCCUUCAUAGACGGAGGGUCAGAGCGCGGUGGAUGUUGGUACAGCUAUCUUUGUGAGGACCAGGCUUUUUAUAACUUGUGAAAAUGUUUUGACACACUGGGGUCAUUUUGUGUGGUCCUCAGUAAUAGUCUGUUGGAGUCUGCAGAGUCAGGUUUCGUGUCAGCUCGGCAUGAAGCUGUAACGGUUAAUUUAGAGUCAAAACAAAAGAAUGCAUAAAUCAAAUGUGAACACAGACAUGAAACAAGUAUUGAUAUUAUUCAGUGUGAGGAGGAGAUUAUUAUCUUUGAUGUUCCAUAAAUUCACUUAGAGAGUCA